AUGGAGCCCAAAGUCGAUGACAAGGGCAUCACUACCCAUGAUGAACUUCACACUAUUCAAAGCCCCAGCCUGCCACCGACAAUACACAAAUUCAAGUUCUCCUCGAAAGCUAAAGAGGGCGAUGGUGAUGUUGCCCUACAACUCUUCUCCAAUGCGGACGAACUCAAUGAGCCAAUCGACCCAGAGGAGGAAAGAAAACUCGUGCGAAAGAUCGAUCUCAUAAUUCUACCUCUCAUCGCCGUCAACUAUGCCUUUUUCUACAUCGACAAGACCACCCUCUCGUAUGCCGCUAUCUUUGGCAUUAAGGACGAUCUCAAUCUGCAAGGCACGCGGUACAGUUGGCUCAGCAGUUUAUUCUACUUUGGCUUUCUCGCUUGGGCAUUCCCAACCAACUUCCUGAUGCAGCGACUACCUUUGGGCAAAUACCUCGGCUUCAAUAUCUUCAUGUGGGGAUUCUUCCUCAUGUUGCAAGCUGCAUGCAACAGUUUCGCGACUUUGGGUCUUCUGCGAGCACUUGCCGGCGCAGCAGAAGCAUGUAGCGACCCAUCCUUCUUGCUCAUCACGCAGAUGUGGUACACAAGAAAACAGCAGCCACUUCGCUGCGGUCUAUGGUAUACUGCGAACGGCAUGGGUAUCGCUCUAGGUGGACUCCUCGGUUACGGCAUCGGCCACAUCAAAGGCGCACUGGCAUCGUGGAGAUACGAAUUCCUGAUCAUCGGCGCUUUGUGCAGCAUCUGGGGUAUUGUCAUUGGCAUCUUCAUGCCUGACUCACCAAUUACCGCCAAGUUUCUGAACGAUCGUGAGCGAAAGAUUGCAGUCGAGCGUCUCAAGUCAAAUCAGACUGGGAUUCUGAACAAGCACCUCAAGCCCUACCAGGUGAUCGAAGCAUUCAGCGAUAUCAAGCUCUAUCUGUUCUUCUUCUUGGGUGUUGUUGGCAACAUCCCGAAUGGCGGCAUUUCCAACUUCGGAACACUCAUCAUCAAAGGCUUCGGUUUCUCCACCCUCGUCACAACGCUCAUGCAGAUCCCUUACGGAUGCUUCAUCAUUCUGUCUAUCCUAACCUGCUCCCCUUACCCGAUGACAAGGUCUGUUCUAACAAAGGUGUCACAGCUCUUCAUCCUGAUCUUCCUAUGCCCCAACAUCGCUGGCGCAUUCGGCCUCUGCUUUGUCAACGAGUCUCACCACGUUGGCCGCUACUUCUGCUAUCUGUUGACCGGUCCCUACAAUGCGGCUUUCGUCAUGAUCCUGUCCCUCCAAAUUGCAAACACGGCAGGACACACCAAGAAAGUCGUCACCAAUGCUGUUUUGUUCCUCGGCUAUUGCACGGGUAAUAUCGCCGGGCCAUUCUUCUACAAGACCAACCAAGCGCCUGGUUAUCGUCUGGGCAUUUGGAGCAUGAUUGUUAGUCAUCUCAUUGAAGUCGUCCUGAUUAUCACGUUCUGGGUGCUUAUGAGAGCUGAGAAUAUCCGUCGGGAUAAGGUUCAGAUGGCUCAGGAAGGAGGUCUUGAGGGUCGUGAUCUGGAUGCUACGGCUUUCGGAGAUUUGACGGAUAGGGAGAACAUGAACUUCCGCUAUAUCUAUUGA